AUGAUACUGGACAACCCCAACACAACAAACGCUACCUUGGUUCAAGGAAAGACGUUGCAGCAGCAGAAUAAAGUUCAGAAGCACCACCAUCAUCACCACCACCACCACCAUUAUCACCACCACCACCCUUACAACUUACAACAACAGCAGUCCCUUAACCCCGAUAAUCUGUCUUUGGAAAAUUUAACUGCAGUAGUUGUAAAUGGUGGACCACCUGAUAAGUUAGGCCAAGAAAUGGAAGGAAAUGCUAAUGACUAUGGAAGUGCAUUAGGAAGUAAUGGGCAGAAUGGAAGCAAUGGGCCUAAAGGGAGUGAUAAUAAAGCCAUUGUAAAAUGCGGAGCUGGUCAUGUAAGCGGCAGUGGAAGCAGGAGAAAGGUAGAUCAAAACUGGUUCGAGUAUCACGGAAGGAAAAGGCUAGCAGAAGAAAGGCCACGAAUUAGAGGACAAUUUGUUCGAGGAAUAACUGAGGACAGAUGUCAAGCAGAAAAAGAGGACAGAUAG